AUGACACAAAUACAGACCUCCAGCGAUCCAGAGACUCUCCAUCUCCCCCGCAUUCUCUGCCUUCACGGCGGCGGCGUCAAUGCACAAGUCUUCGAACUACAAUGCCGCGCUCUCAUCAGAAGUCUUGCCUCAUCUCUGCGUCUAGUCUUCAUGCAAGCACCCUUCAUCUCAGCGCCUCACCCCGACAUAGUCAGCGUCUACGGUGAAUACGGCCCUUUUCGGCGCUGGCUCCGCUGGCAGCCCGACCAUCCCGAGAUUGAAGCAGAGGCCGCCGCAGAGCUACUCCGGAACCAGACCCGCAGGGCUAUGGACACCGACCCCGGCACCGGAGAGUGGAUCGGCAUUCUUGGGUUUUCGCAGGGUGCUAAGAUUGCGGCGAGUUUGUUGUGGACGCAGCAGAAAGUUACGGAGCAGUUUGGUGCGCAAGAGGCGCUGACGCAGUUCAAGUUUGGUGUUCUCAUGGCUGGGAGAGCGCCCUUGAUUACGCUGGAUGCUCGACUGCAGCAUCCUCCGGCGGUUGUUGAUGCGGCGCUGUUGAGCUCUGAGUUUAAGGACUUCCCUGAGUCGAAUGUUGGCGACCAUGUUUUGACCAUACCUACACUACACGUCCACGGACUUCGAGACCCUGGACUUGAACAGCAUCAGAUUUUACUGAAGACUUAUUGCGCAACCGGUACGACGACUCUUGUUGAGUGGGAUGGUGGACAUCGGAUACCGAUCAAGAGCCAUGAUGUCGACGCCGUGACAACAGAGAUCAUGAAGUUGGCAAAGAACGCGGGUGUGAAGCUGCCCAAUUAG